AUGGUACGAGCUUCAUCGUCGAAGAAAGGUGGAGGAGGAGGAGAUAAAGACGAUGCAGAAUCUCAGCAGAGAAAGAGACUGAAAACCCUAGCUCUCGAUAACAAACUGCUCUCCGAUUCUCCGGCGAGAUGCGUUUCCUCUCUCAAACCAUCCAAGCAAGUGCUGAAACACCACGGCACCGACAUCAUCCGCAAAUCACAGCGCAAGAACCGAUUUCUCUUCUCCUUCCCUGGACUUCUCGCUCCCAUCUCCGGCGCCACCAUCGGCGAUCUCGAUCGACUCUCCACCAAAAACCCCGUCCUCUACCUCAAUUUCCCCCAGGGUCGCAUGAAGCUUUUCGGAACCAUUUUGUAUCCCAAGAACAAGUAUUUGACUCUCCAAUUCUCUAGAGGAGGCAAAAACGUCUUAUGCGAUGACUACUUUGAUAACAUGAUUGUCUUCUCUGAAUUAUGGUGGAUUGGGACAAAAGAAGAAAAUCCUGAAGAAGCUCGUCUUGAUUUCCCUAAAGAACUGGCUCAGGGAGAGCAAACUGAGAUUGAUUUCCAAGGCGGUGCAGGAGCGGCAGGUUCGGUCAAGACGCAGUCAACUCCUGAAACCGGUAGCCAACCGACAGAGACAGACUCACCUGAGGUACCUGAAGUUGACAUGGUGGAGGAAUAUUUGUCUGAGGAUGGAGAAUUUCUGGACGAUAAGAUCCAAGUUACACCAGUUCAAGUAACACCAGUUCGACAGUCUCAGAGAAACUCUGGCAAGAAAUUCAACUUUGCAGAAACUUCUUCAGAAGACUCCUCAGGUAAAAGUGAUGGCAAUAUAUCUGAUAAAGGAGAUGAGAAGAAGCCUAUGUUGGAACCUGAUUCUUCAACAAGAGGUUUUGAAGGAACUCAAGCUGGUACUAGUACUGCACCAGCAGGCGAGUUGCUAACCGAACUUCCGGCUAAAAAGGAAAAAUCUAACACCAGAGAUGGUAAACUCAUUCAAGCUACGGUAGCUAACCUAUUCAAGAAAGCAGAGAAGAAAACAGCUUGUUCUUCAAAGGAGAAAUCAUCCUCAAAGUCAAAGGCUUAA